AUGAAGCAAAGUCGUCAAGCUCUGUUGGCAGUUCUGUCGUCUGGUCGCUUUCUGGCACGUCAAGGGCUCUCACUUCGCGGUCACGAUGAGGACGAAGGUAACUUGAGGCAGCUUCUUAUGUUGCGGGAAGCGGAUGUGGCAGGUCUCGGUGCAUGGCUCAACAAAAGAGCAGAUAUCCUUUUGCCUCAGGUUCAAGAGGGUCUUGAAGUGGAAGAAGUCUUUAUUGGAUUUUACGUGACGGCCGAUACGAGAGCAAGCACCCUCUUCUCAAUUCUGAAAGACGUGUUGUGUCGACUGAAUCUUCAAAUUGAGAACUGCCGCGGACAAUGCUACGACGGGGCUGCAAAUGUGUCCGGCAAAAGCGGUGGACUUCAAGCCCUAGUUCAGGAUAUCGAACCAAGAGCGAUGUAUGUACACUGCCUUGCGCACACUCUCAACCUAGUGUUGCAAGACUUGUGUAAGCAAAUUGAUGUGUGUCGAGACUUUGUCAGCUUGUUCGCCGACUUGGUAAAUUUUUUGAAAACAUCUCCAAAGCGCCUCAGCUGGUUCGAACAGUUCCAGAAGGAGGGGACACCGGCCCUCAGACAAUUCUGUAAAACCCGGUGGACGCUAAAGGCAUCCUCACUGCGGUCAGUGUCAAGUAACUACUCUGAGUUGGUGCAGUUCCUUUUCGCUCUGUCAUCGGAUGAAAAGAAUGACACAGGAGCAAAAGCCAGUGGCUAUGCAAAAGCGCUCGGAAAAUUUGAUUCAUAUUUCAUGCUCAGGCUGAUGAUCCUGGUGUUUGAGAGAUUGGAGAGCGCAAAUUCUGCUCUGCAGAAGAAGAGCUUGCAGUUUGGGCAUGCAGAGCAAAUAGUGAAGGCCGUUAAAGAAUGUGUAGCUGAACUCCGCGACAAAUUCCCUGGCUUUUGGAGCACGGUGAAAGCCACGGCUGAGGAGCUCAAAACUGGGAGCCCCAGCCUUCCGAUAAGGCAGCGACAAGCACCACGUCGUUACGACGAAGGAUCUCAAGCACACGAGUUUAGAUCCUCGGAAGCCUAUUAUCGACAGAGGUUCUACAUGGUAAUUGACACGGUUCAUGCGUCUCUGUGCACUCGGUUUCCUGCCGGAAUGUGGGACCACGUGACGAAAGUCGAAAAGUUCUUGAUGGGAGAAACUGACAGCGCUUAUCUGUGCGAAUUCUAUAAAUGA